ACGUUGUAACAGUUUAUAUGUUAUUGUUUCAGGACUAUUGUAUUGUUUAUUUUAAUGUGUGGUAGCGUUUCGUGCAAAAAUGUCUAGUAAAGAAGCGGAAUUUAUUUCUCAAUGGAAUGAUUUGUUGGAAUUCAAAAUUGAUGAAAACAGUUUGCGUCGACCAACCUUUCAGUUCUUUUAUGGUGCACUCGAAUGUCUGUUGCGAAAAUUAAAUUUUAACAUUGAAUCAGCAAAAAAUGAAGCAGUGAAUAACAUAGAUGCAGAACGAUUGUAUUUUGUCCGAUUUUGUGCUUUUGUGCAACGCUUAUAUAACGCCGAUCAAUCAUUCAAUUUUUUCUACUUAGAUUUGAUUAAUCCAACAUCAAAGAAGAGUUGUCAUGUAUUGAAAAUGCUUUUCAACUAUUUAAAGUAUUACGAAAUGGUGAAACAAACAGUAUGCAAGAACGCGAAUGAUGCCCUUCAAAUGUAUGAUGAAGCAUUGGCCAAUAAUCAAUCACUUCAAAUAAAAAAUGAAACUGCGAAAACACGUGCUGCGAAUAUGGAACGUCAAUUGUGUGAAUAUGAAAAAAAACUGCCUCUGAUUCAGGAACGUGUAAAUAAUUGUUUAGCCGAUGUGCAAUCAUUGGAUAAAGAAAUUGCGCAAAAAAACACCGACAUAAAAAAUUUUGAUUCUACUAUUAUCAAAGUAGAAAUUCAACAAACUGAAUUAAGUGAAUCACUUGUAAGCGAAGAGGAAUACAAAAAACGAAUUGACUUGAUAAAUACUUUGAAACAACAAUUGAACGACUUGCGAGAAGUUGCUGAACAUGUAAGAACAUCGAAUGUUGGAUCAAGCCAACGAAUUAAUGAACUUUCGCAAACAUUGGAAACUGUGAAUAAAGCAUUGGAACAACAAAAACUUGCACACUAUGAUGAACUUAUCUUGAUCGAUUCAAAUCUUGAUUUAACGGAUAAGGCAAUUAAGCGAGAAGAACAACAAAUAAUGGAACUGAAAACCAAAUUGAAGGCUCUGAUUGAAAAUAAAGAUAACAUUUUAUCUAAAAUCAAACAAAUAGAAGCAUAUGUGGACAAAGUUCAAACAAAUUCUGACGAGCUAACUGAAGAGCUCAUUAGAACAAUAUCGUAUAAUGAUAAAAAUAUUGAGGCGGCCAACAGCGAACUGACUGAAGUAAAAUUUCGAAUUGAAGAAUUACAACAUCAACAACAUUUCAUUCUUACUUCGAUUGUAACGAUUUUGCGAACAUUGACAUCACCAUCUAAUUAUUUGGGAAAAAGCAUAUAAAAUUCAUUAAUAUUAUCAUAAAUAUGUUCAUUUUCCAUAUAAAUAAAGAAAGCACUUAAAAUUA